AUGAAAAAGGCAAGUGUCGAGAAUGGAAGCGAAACAGCAACGACUUAUCAUUUCAAAACGUUGGUGCCAUCAGUAGCCGCUGGUGCAAUAAUUGGCAAAGGCGGUGAAACGAUUGCUUCGCUUCAAAAAGAUGCUGGAGCUCGAGUUAAAAUGUCAAAAUCACAUGACUUCUAUCCAGGAACGACUGAACGUGUAUGCUUGAUAAGCGGCAAUGUGGACGGUAUAUUGACUGUGUUAGAUUUUAUUAUGGAUAAGAUACGUGAAAAGCCCGACUUGACGAAGCCAUUAAAUGAAGCCGACGCAAAACAGCAGCAAGAACGUGAUAAGCAAGUUAAAAUUCUAGUACCAAAUUCCACAGCUGGAAUGAUAAUUGGGAAGGCUGGUGCCUAUAUAAAGCAGAUUAAAGAAGAGAGUGGAUCGUAUGUACAAAUUUCACAGAAACCAAAAGAUUUAACGCUCCAAGAGCGUUGCAUAACAAUAAUCGGUGAGAAGGAGAAUAAUAAAAAAGCUUGCCGUAUGAUUUUGGCGAAGAUUAUGGAGGAUCCUUCGUCAGGAACUUGCCUGAAUGUGUCAUAUGCAGAUGUGAACGGACCUGUUGCUAACUUUAACCCUACAGGCUCACCAUAUGCAAAUCCACAAAAUCCUAACUUCAGUUCAAGCACAGCAUCACUCAAUUCAGCACUAAGUCCAGCCAAUGUUGGAAAUGCAGCAGCAGCGGGUCUCUUGGUUAAUGGUUCGGCAUUAAAUUUGUCAUUAAAUUUAGGAUCACCUAAUCCAAGCGUUAAUCCAACUGUUACAACACAAUUGUUAGAAAGCAUCAAACACGCCAUGCGAAGUUUAGGCUAUUCGGAUUCAGCAAAUUCGGAAGUAUGUGCAGCUUUAGGUAUUCUGGCAAAAUAUGGUGUGCUCGGAGUUGGUGUUGGCCUUUCAAAUGGAACACAUCAACAAGCGACAACAAACCCUCUCAGCUAUUUGAAUGUCAGCGCCUUGGAGCAACAACCGUCACAGCAGACAGUUGGAAAUAUUUUCGGAGCUAUUGGAGGAAAUUUAGAGUCAUUUAUCAACUCACAGAACCAACAACAUCAAAGGAAUUCACUAGAACGUUUUGAAGCUUCAUUCGAUCCAUUUCGUAACGCCCAAGCUACAGCACCAAUCUCGUUAAAUAACAACAACUUUGGACUUUCAAAUGCAGCUACAGCUCAAGCUUUAAAUGCUGCACAAUCGUUGGGUGCAUUAAGUAAGAGUCCAACACCGGGUGAAAUUGGAAGUAAAGAUGCGAAGAAUGUUGAAAUUCCAGAAGUCAUUGUUGGCGCUAUUUUGGGUAAUCCCUACCUGCAGUCUACCUACAAUCCAUUUCUGCAAUGCGUUCAAAUGAAUUCUAUCGAGGAUCAACACCGUACAUAAAUUUGCCUAAUUAGCUGUUGUUUUUUAUGAUUUUGAUUACCUUAAUUUUUAUUCCUCUUCACCAUGAGCAUAAAAGCGAGUUUAAUUUUAUUCACAUUAUUUUUUUAUAAACAUAUAUCUAUGAAUAUUUUUCAUCAUGCAUAAACAUUAUGUUUUGUUCUAAUCUUUUUUUUGUUAAUUUUAACCUCUUCUUCAUUAUGAAGACAAGUUCAAGUAGAUGUAAAAAUAAAUUUUGGAGAAAAUUAACAUUUGAACAGAACAAUCAACCAUUUCAAAAGUUAUGACUUGAUUUUGUCCUGGUGGUCGGAGUCUCAUUGAAAUCCAACACAUUUCGGGUGCCAAUAUUCAGAUCUCAAAGAAAGGGACAUUUGCGCCUGGAACAAGAAAUCGAAUUGUUACAAUAAGCGGAGCACCGCAAGCCAUAAAUACGGCUCAUUUUUUGAUAGAGCAGAGAAUAAACGAGGAAGAGACGAAACGGGCAUGCCAAACGAAAGUCACAAAUGCCACUACGGCAGCCGCGGCUGGGGUGUUGCAAUAGAAUUUAAUGGAAUCAUCCAACUGUUUUUAUUAAUUAAUCGAGUAAUAUGGCAAGGAAGAACAUGAUUUUUAUGAACUUGUUCCUUGAACAUUUAGUAAGCCGUCACAAAUACACCACGUUAUUGAAGGUUGAAUUUUAUAAGAAAAACAAUUUUCUCAGCUCAUUUUACGAAUAAAAGGGUCAAACUUGUCCUAUCGUUCAUCCCUCUUAGAAAGGGUCGAUAAUUAAGCUAAAUAAAUUUCACAAUACAUUGUUUUAACUCUUUCAAAACUCAUUAUAGAUUCACACUUUACGCGAUGAUUAAAGAAAAAAGGUUAUUGAAAUAUAAAAUGUUAUAUUCAAAUUUAUAGUGAGAAAAGCUAGUUAAAUUCUAGUUAUUGAAAAUAAAAAUAUAUGGAAAAGUGAUCUUAUUGAAGAAAAAUGAAAAACAGUUAUGCAAAUGUUAAAACUAUUUGAAACUCUUCGAAGCCAUUUCAUUUUUAAUUGAAAGUAUCUAAUCAAUCUAGUUUCAAAGCACUCUUUCAUUAGCAUACGAGUAGAUUAAUUUGAAGUUUUGGACGAAGAAAAAAAAAAUAGAUCAAUAUAUGUUUUUGUAAGUAUGAUCUAUGUUUUCAUAGUAUUCUUCCUGGUUUUCUUGAUGGACAACAAACUUUAUUCUGUUUAUGGUUAUGAAAAAGACGAUAAGAUUAAUCUUGUAAAUUAAGAUCAUUAAAUCAAAAGAAAAUAUUUUAAUAAGUAAACAAUAAAAGGAUGGUGUUCUGAUGCAGCCUAUGAAUGAUAAAAUAGAAUGGGAAUGUCAUAAAGAUUAGCAUAAGUUCACAUUUGGCUACUUAUUUGGGUACUAAAUAAAAACAUGUAAAGAGAUAUUUCUCAUUUAUGAAUUUUACUUCACUAAUGACAAUGUUAUGAAAGAAAAAUCUCAGAUAAGAAGCACAAUUAAAGCUUCCAAAAGUUGAAAUUGUCAACUUUCCGUUUUCUUGAGAGUAAAUAAUGUCGCGUUUAAGGCUUUAAAAGAGUAACAAAAAAUUUUUUAGAAAUAAUCGGAAACUAUCAGCCUACAAUAUGGAAAUGAAGAAAGUAUUAAUGGAAACAAAUCCUAUUUUUACUCAAAUUCAAAAGCAAUAUUUUCAUCGAUUUAAAAUUAUCUUAACAUUCACCAAUUUUCAACAUCUUUGAAUUUAUGUUGUCUCUAGAUCAUAACUUCCGUUUUAUGCACAAUAAUGCAGAGAUAUGGGAAUAGUCAAUUUUUCAUUAAACUCUCUUUAUACAUACAUUUAAAUAUUGCUAUAAUUAGGAAAAUUCAAUUUCUUCUUCACCAUCAAAAAAUUUUUAAAAAAAUCAUCAUAAACGAAAGAAAAUUUAAGGCUUCAGAAUUUCCACGCGUAAUUAUCCAUACACGAUUAAAGAAAAUUGAAAUUCAGUGCUAGACUAGAAAACUCAAAUAAAUUUCAAAUUAAAGAAGAAAAAUUAAAAUAAACAACAAAAGUCCGUCAAUACUUUACACGCAAUUUUAAUAAUAAUAAAAAAGAAUUGAAACCAUUUGAGCGUUAAUCAUUUAACAAUGUAAACAAUAAAUAAACGAAGUAAAUUAUGAUGAUGAACUUUAGUUAAACUUCUAAGACAUCAAAAAUGAAAAUGUAGAUAAAUUACGAUUACAAAAUGAAAAUUAAUCAAAUUGUGAAAAGAUGAAAGAAUCAUGAUUGUUGACUAAUGAACUUUAAGACGAUUCGACAGAUAAGAAACUUCAUCAAAUACUAGGAGAAUUCACAUUUAUCCUGUUAAGAAAUAUAUAAUAUUUGCAUUAUUCCAUUUUAUAUCCUCCAACACGGAUAAUCCAUCACAGAUUUUGCCACCAACAUUCAGGUUUUAAGAAGAGAAAUAAAAUUAAAGGCGCUUGAAAGUUGAAAAGUGUCACUCCGAAUGAAAUAAUUAACACUGUUUUUCUCACACCGAAACUCAACUUAUUAAUUAAAUCUCACAGUUUGGUGUGUUUACAUGUAAAUUUAAGCAGGAUAAAAUAGAAGAAAGCUUUAGAAAAUUCUUAGAGAAAGAAUAUUUAAAUUCUAAUAGUUUCAAAUAAAAAAGUAUCUUAUUAAAAGAAUUUUGUUGAAUUUAUUAAAGUAGAUCAGUUUAUUACAUUUUCCAAUCAGUUGAGACUCUAAAAAUUUUAACUCUUACCAUGAAAAAUAAACACUGCUUGAAGCCAUCAAAAGAAAAUCUGUGACCAAUCAAUUUGAUUUGUUUCAAAAGUUAAAGUCAUUAAAUACGCCAUCAAUCAAAAAAUUAAAGAAAACUAUGAAGUUUGUAAUAAUAAUACUUACAAAAAUAAGAAAAUGCCUUCAAGAAUAAUGACGUUUGCGUCAAAUCUUUCAGUCCAGAUUUGAUCGAACUCGCGAAUAAAAAUUUGUCUUCUGCACUUUUUAAAGAUUGAAAAUAAAUUAAAAAUAAAAUGAUGAAAAAAAAACGAAAAGCUUUUCUUCAGAAGAAAAUUUCGAAUGAAACAUUUUAAAAAGAACUUUAUUAAUUAUGUAUAUGUACCUUAGCUCACUCUUGGUGAAAUGAAAGUCCUCACUUUCUAUAACUUUAAAUCCAUUUUGAAAGAAAAAAGUAAAAAAAAAAUAUUUAGUAGUUUUUUAUAGAAUCAAAUUUCCACUUUCAAUCAAUUUAGCGCAGAUUUAAAUAUGUCAUAAUGAAUCAUUGAUGAAAUUAACAGAUUUUCAAAACUCGAGUGCUUUUCUUCACAUUUUUCUUUUUUCAUGAAACUUUUUAAAGUGUGAAAUUUUUAACAAUUCUUUAAAUUUCUAAAAUAAUUUCCUGUACAUGAACAAAUUUUAUCAUCAAAAUUUCUUAGAAAAAAAGCCACAAAUUCAACUUUUUAAAAGAUUUUUUUAAUUAUUGAUAUGAAUUAUUAGAUAAACGAAAAGUUAGUUUCUUGCUUUCCCUCUUGCAGAAACUUUGAAAGACGAAUUAUUGAUAAUUAAAUAUUAACCCUUUCUCUCUAUCUUUCUAUCUCUUCUUCACACAUACACAUUACAUUUUAAUCGUUCUUGAGAAAUGCUUGUUCUUUUAAAAAAAAUUAGAGAAAAGGAAGUGAAAACCAAUUCAUGUUAAACUUUCAUUCAGAUUGAGCAAACCCCACGCGUAAAGUUGAUAAGUAGUUGAAUUUUGAGAGGGAUUCUUGAAAGAAACUUAUGCCUGUUGAACUUGACACAUAAUUAAAGCUUGUCGUAGCUUUCAGUCAAGACACAAAUAAUCUCCAAAGGGCAUUGCUUUAAAUAAAUGAAAACUAUGUAAGAUUAUUUCCCUCUUCAACAUUUAAACAUUUUAUGAUAAAUUUUAUCGCAACAUGUAGUGAGAGCUUUAAAACGCAUAAAAGCUCUGAUUAUAAUUUAAGCAGAGCAUUUGAAAAAUGGCGAUAAAUUACGGAAAAUAAUAACUUUUCAUGGAAUUCUAGAGACUUGUCAUUGAAUGAAAUUUCGUUUAUCUUUUCUCACAUACAUAACUGAUUGAAGUAAAAAAUAAUGGAAAAAAUAAUUGACAGGUAAAGGAUGCAUGUAAAGGUUCCAAUAACUGAGGACAUGAAAAGUGUAUAGGUUUUAAAUGUUCUGUGAUAUUCACACAAGAUGAAAUAAAAAAAUUAAAAGAAAAAAAAAACACAUUGAUUGAAGAAAAUCCCCAUGUAGUAGAAGACGAAGAAUAAAAAGAAAAAAAACAUUAAACGUUAUGUUUACACAUUUAAUGAAUCAUUAAUUCAACUCUAGUAAAAUAUAUUAAAAGAAACAUAUGUUAAAUGAAGAGGUAACUAAUUAGUCGCAUUAUUCAAUGAUGAAAAACAAGUGAAUGAAAUAUCAAUUACCUAAAUAUUAGAAAAUUAAAACCAUUAUCUAGUGCAAAUUCUUAAAGAGAGAAAACCCACUCAAAGAAAAAAAGGAAAACCAUUACAAAUUUAAAAGAAAAUUUCAAAUAAAAAACUAAAUAAAUUUCAUGAAAAGAAAAAGAAAAAAAAUUUGUGUCUCUUGCCUUUGCCUGAUUAUUAAUUAAUUAUUUUAAUCUUCUUCUACUUUCUUUAACAUCACACACCUUAUCAAAACAUUCAUAUUACCUACAUAAAUGUAUGUAUGAUGUAAUUAUUUUUCAUAUUUAGCUACAAUGAAUGUUAUAUUUAUCAUCCAUAGCCAACCUUCAAUCAUAAAAAUGCGAAAAAAAAAACCUACAAUGAAUGUUAUAUUUAUCAUCCAUAGCCAACCUUCAAUCAUAAAAAUGCGAAAAAAAAACUUUCAUCAGAGAAAAUUUAUGAGAAAUGAAUUUUUAUGCAAGUCAUACUUUUUAUUUGUUAGUCAUACUUAUAAAUAUUAUUUCAGUUAAGCUUUAAAAAAAUUAAACAUCUUGUUUUGAUCACUUUGUAAUCUAUAGAAUGACAAUGGCAAACAAAAUUAUGUUACCAAAAAUCCAUUUAAAUACAUAACUAGAAGAGUGCCAUUCAAUGUUUGUUGUUUUGUUAAUUAUUGAAAAAAAAAAAUUUAUCUAUGAUUGCCUGUUUAAUGUUCUAUACAAGAUUUAAAUAUUUUGCUGUCAAGAUAUGGAAGUGAUCAAAAUAAUUCAAUCAUAAAAUCAAUCAUCUAAGAAAAAAAAAAUCAAGAAAAUCACAAAAAAAGAAAUAGUAAAGUUAGUAAUUGGUGAAAGGAGUCUUUUGGGGAAAACAUUUGGAUAGAAAAAUUAAGAAAAACUAUUUUUUCAUAUAAUUCAUUUAAAAUUGUUGUUGGAUUUUAAUUAUCUGGGAGGGUACGAAAUCAUGAUUAACUAUUAUUUUAAAAAGAUUAAGUAUCUCUUCCGCCUAAAUGAAAAAUAAUAGUAGAUAACAAUUAAAAAUUAAUGUAGAAAGUAUAAAAAGAAAAAAAAAGUUACUGAAAAUUAAGUGCAUAUAUAAAAAGAAAAUGAUUUAGGUGGGAAAAACUAGUCUUACAGUAGUUUAUGUAGAAUGAAAAAAAAGAAGAGAAAAAAGCUGAGUAUAGACUUUAGAACACGUUGUCAUUCAUUAGUUUCAUACAUCAAUCAGCCAGUUUAAUCAGAUAACUACCAUUGAUUUCACUAUCUUUCUCGUAGAAGUUUUGUGUUCUGUAGAUUGAAAAAUUUAUGAAAGAUUUACAUUUCACAUACUUGUUUACAGCUUAAGAGUUAUUUUUUUAUUUUUAUUCAUUUUCAUUCCAUCAUUCUGAUGCGAGAAAAUAUAUAUUUCAAGAAAUAAAUAAUUUAAUCAAUAUUAUUUCUGCUUUUAAGUUUAAAUAAUGUUUCAAAGACAUGAGAAUGUCGUUCAGAUUGGAAGAAUAUCCAUGAUAAUUGGAAACACAUUAUUGAUUAAAUUGAAUUUUUAAGAAUAUUUGUGAAUGGUGUCUACGUUUCCAAUAAAAAAAUUACUAAAUAUUGGCGUCGUUCACGAAUGUUCCAAAGAAACGCUUUUAAGAAAAUAUAUAAGAAAUAAAUUGUUACCAUUGAAAAUAAUUUCAUAAAUAUAAUAAAUAUGCUAUAACAUUACACAACAUUUAUAACCAAUAAUAUGAUGAAAGCUAAAUUAAGUCAUUCAAGCAUAAUUUGAACAUUUAUUUUUUCUCUCCCUAGAAAAACUGCAACUUAAGAAAACUUUUGAAUUGAAAAUAAAAUGAAAAACUUUAAACACAAAUAUCGCAUCACGCAUUUCAUUCAUGUUUCAUAAUAAUUAUUAUUUACUCCAAUCUAUCAGCUAUCAACGUUAUCCAAAGUCAUCCUUUUACAUGAUUCUAUCAAACCAUUGCAUGAUAAACUGCCGAAAUAAUUCUUGUCAUGCUUUCGAUGUGUUCUUACCCAAACAAAUAUCACAAACGUGUACCAUCAUUAUUUACAUUAAUAUCAAAAAGGAAAAUUCUUAAACAUUUAAAAAAAACAAUGAAGGAGGUAAGUAUUUUCUUCUUGGAAAAAUUUAAUUAUUUAUUUUCAGGUACCUAACAACAUGAAUUCAUGAACAAAUUAAUUGGAGCAUAAUUAAUAAAGAUAAAUAAAAUUUAAAAUUUAAUAAAAAUUCA